AUGACAACAACAGAGAACACAACAACUGCUAUCGUUCAUGAAGCCAUAAAUGAAGAAUACGAGUACAUACAAUAUAACAAACAACUCCGUCUCAUUCGUUCGGUCAAGGAUGACAUGUACCAAAUGCAAAGUAUUUUGACAGCAUGUUUUGCUCCAGAUACCAAGAAACCACAAGACUGGUUUGAAUUAAAUAGCACACAAGAACUUUUGAGUGAGUUCGAACAUGUAGAACUUAAAAAGAUGUACCAAGACAGACAAAACUUACCAUCGUAUCUAAAAGGUAUAUAUGUUCAUAAGUUCCUAGUUAGUUCAAUAGCAAUGUGGGCUUCACCUCGUUAUGCAUGGUAUAUUUACAGACUUCUUGACGAAGUUGCUGAAAAAUACAUGUAA